AUGAAUUAGUCCUUUUUUUAAGAUAAUUUUAUCAAUAAGCAACAUAUUUGUGAAUAUUUUGGAAAUGUGGUACAUAUCCAUUAUCAUAGGUCUUAUUAGCUGCAGACUAUUCAGGGAAGACUGUCUUAUUAUUAUGCAAUGGUGAAAUACUAACCUAUUAAUUGAUUUAGUAGAAAUAAUGGUUGAAAACUUCUUUGUUGAAAGUGACUCCUCAACCAGAAAUAUUAUCACUGAAUGAUUACAGGUUACAAUUGGGUGGGAAUGGAUGUAAGUUCUUCCUUUUGCAAGUCGAUGAUCGAUACGAAUUCAAUGUAUCAAUUUGGCAAAGAGGUCACAAAGCCAUCUGGACAUUCUAACAGAGCUUAAAACUCAUUUCACAUAGCAGUUUCAUGUAAAUAAAUUUAUCUGGAGAUUCCCUUAUAGUUAGGCAAUCUAACAAGAUAAUACUUUGGGAGUUCAAUUAACCGUAAACCAAGAUCAUUCGAAGAUAAUCCUUACCUUUGGAGUCUUAUUUAGCUUACUUCAAUGAGAAUAAUAAUGUAAUUGCAGCAAAAGUGUAAAAUAGUGUAGUUCUUCUAAAAAACUCAAUUGUAUGUGGGUUAAGUAUUAAAAUAUAAAGACUGAAUAGGUAGCUUAUAUGCAAUUCUUCAAAAAUAAGUUGAUAAUAAUGAGUCAUUUCUUAUACAUUUACAAGAUGGAUGAAUAGUUACACUUUUAGUUGGAGAGAAAGAUAAUUUCCAAAUUUUUUCAUAAUGAACCACAAUUCUGCUUGUAUAUGGGAUCUAUUGUUCUGGUUUAAUUGUCUUCUUAUGAUUUAGAGUAUCACAAAUAUGAAAAUAAUGCUUGGUAGUAAGAUGAGAUGUAUUUUACUGGAAGAUUUUAGGCAUAAUAGAUAGUUUAAUCGAAGGACAAGAAAAAAUUAUUCAUUUAUCGAAAAAGAUUUGGUGGAAUGGUUUUCGAGAAGAAAAAGAAAUUAAAUAGAAAAUUUAAGAAUGA